AUGCUUCCGAGGUUACUGAUCCUUCUAACCGGCCUUGCCGCCAUCGCCACCGCCUACAAAAUCGUCCUGUUCGUUCCAGCAAUGGCAAAUAGUCAGGUAGAGGAUCCUUGAAAAUCUCUUCUUAUCAAAAAUAUCAGGUUCAAUACAACGCUCGGGUGGCUGACACUCUGGCAGAAGCUGGUCAUGACGUCUCAAUGGCUUUCACGAUCUUCUUCAAAGAGUUCGACUAUUCCGAUGUCAAGAUCAAUCCCAAAGUUAAAAGUUAGUCUAGUUUGAGUUUUUGAAAACCUAAAAGUUUUUAGAGGAGGAGAAAAAAGUAUUAGGAUGUACUGUAGUGACACCUAGAGAGGUGAAAAAAGAUAAGUAAAAACUGAGGUUUCAGAAAUUUCUUACGCGGAUUUCAAAUCUGUUCUCAAAAAUUGUCACCGAGGUCUAUGAAAAAAAUUAGAAGCUCUCAAAAGUCAAAAAUUUCAAAUUCCGUGAGCGAUUUUUGGUGAGUACAUAGAUCUUGUCCCACUGAUAGCAGAAAACCGACUAUUUUUCUACCAAACAUUUUUUGAGCUUAUAUAUGAAGAAAACCAAAACACCAAAAAGAGGAUCGAAAAAAAUUCUUAUAAAAAGAUAAAAUUUCUUCUUUAAAGUGAUUACUUGAAUGAAAGCUGGGGAAGUUUGAUAACCUUCUAAAGAGACCACUUGAAAUUUUUCACACAAACUGGAAAAAAAUAUAUUAAACGCCUCUUGAAAAAUUGAGUGAUUUCAUUAAUUGUAAAUUGUUCAUUUCCAGUAUACAAUGCCGAAGCGUUCGUCGAAGAGUUUAACAAAAACCGAGAUGGAGGAAAGUCAAUCGAAACGAAUCUUUAGAGUAAACCAUUCUUCAUUUAUCUCAAUUUAAAAUAUGAUUUUUUUCCAGGAUUCGACCGCCUUCGACCUCGAAAACAUGAGCCACAUGAAGAAGGUUACGAGGAUGCUGACGACUGGAUGUAGAAGUGAGUUUCUUAGAAAUUCUUUCAUAAAUCAAUAUAACUCUACAGAACUCCUACAAAACAAGCCGUUCCUGAAAUGGCUCGAGGACGAGAAAUUUGACGUCGCAUUCAGUCACAUGUACACGACGUGUCCGAUUGGCUUGAUCCACAACGCGAAAAUCCCGUCUUGGGUCUGGUUGAACAGGUGGGAAAAUUUUAGUGAAGAAGAAGAAAUUUUGAAAUGCGGCAAAAAUGUGAAAAUCAAGCUGAAAGAGACCACGAUAAGGAUAUGGGCCAAAGUCAAAAAAAUUUUUAAAAAAACUCAUAAAAAUUUUUUUGAAGUUGCGUUUCAGUCAUUUUUAAAAGCUUUUUUUAUGACGGCUGAAAACGAAAAAAAGGCUGAAAAUAAUCAAAAAAAAUCACUCCGAGGUUAAGAAUUAUAUUUUUUUCUAGGCUUCCAUCGGAAAAAAAUUCAAAACUUGAAGUUGAAAAAAAGCUCCGAAUAGAAUAUUUCAAGAUCUAUUCUUUUUUUCUGUCAGAUAGUAUUUCAAGCGGUUUUCUCAAGUUUUGAUGCUAUGGGUAGAUAUUUCGAAACCAAAAAAGAUCAUCUUAAAAAUUUGUUUCACGAUCUGUGAAAACAAAUUGAAAAAAUUCCAGUGGAGCCUUGAUGGAUUACGUUGCCGACGUGAUCGGAGUCCCAAUCAUCCCAAGCUACAUUCCACGUUCGUUUUUUUAUAUGUUUUGCAAAACCCUGACCGCAUGUAGAAUGGCUCGACGAUCUUUUUGAUAAAGUUGAAAUUCUUGAUAAUCAAGCCAUUCUCAUUGCGACCAACUUUUCAAAAGUUCAAUAAAAAAUUCUAGCGAUGUUGAUGGAGGCGACGGACACGAUGACGUUCUACGAGAGAACCAAGAGUUUCAUCGGUCACGGUCUGAUGAAAGCGAUUUGGCCGAGGCUCAUGCCAGCACUGGAGACGCAGAUUUUCCGUGAGGAAAUCGAUCCCAACUUCCCGAGUCUUCUUGAUGUCGCCGCGACUUGCCCAUUGGUAAGUACCGACUACUGAAAUUUUCGAAAAAACGUCACCUUCCAGUUAAAUCUCGGAGAAUAAAAGAUUGGGGAUAUUAAAAACAGAAAAGUAAGUUUAAGACAAGAAGGUGAUUGGAGUAAGUAGGGGAUGCAGAAUCUUCAAGGAUUUUUCAGCCUUGAGGGCGAAUUUCCUCUCGAAACCACAGGUCAAUAAAAAAAAAUAAUUUUUUUGACUAUAAAAAAAAAAGAAAGAACUAUACAGAAUGAAAGGAAAUAUGGUAAAAUCAAGACUGAAAAAAUUUAUAAGGCACGAAAUUAAUGGCUCGACGUCUAACAGCUGCGAAACAGUUACAAAAACAAAAUCUAAGCUCAAAAGUUGUCGCAGAGAUAUUUCAAAAACUACUCUUCAAUUUUCAGGUUAUUGUCAACACGAAUGAGAUCUACGAUAUUCCAAGGCCAACCCUGGACAAAGUCGUCAAUAUUGGAGGACUUGGAGUCGGAUUUGGCGACGCCAAGCCUUUGACUGGGGUUUUUUCAAUCCUUCCUACAAAAACUCAGUAUAAAAUUUCCAGGAAUUCAAAGAAAUUGCCGAAAAAGCCGAAGGAAUGGUCGUUUUCUCGUUUGGCUCAGUGGCGGCGGCUCACAAAAUGCCUGAAGAAUGGAAAGAAGCCUUCCUGGAAGCUUUCAAGUUGGUAAAAUCUUGAGAAAUUCUAUGAAAUCGUUGAAUAUAGGGAGUUCCCGAAAUACCACUUCUUGUUGCGGUACGUCGAAGAUGAUCUUAAAGGUGAUGAUAAAAUUAAAAAAUCUCUUAUUGAGUUAUUUUUAGACCGACUUCCACCCAAUGUUCACACCUUCAAGUGGCUUCCCCAGAAGGAUCUUCUCCUUCACAAGAAAACCAAGGCUUUGAUCACCCAUGGAGGAUAUAACAGUCUUCAGGUAUCGGAAAAAAUAUAUUUUAGCAUGUAGAAUGGCUCGACGCGUAACGUCUGCGAAGCAGUAAGAAAAAGGCGAAAUCUGAAGAGAGCUCAAAAAUUGUCGCAGAGGUCUAUGGGAGUAGUUAUGGCCGCUUGAAGCUGGGAAAAUCGACCACCGCCUUGAAUUAAAAUGACUUCUUAAACUUGGAGCGGUUAUAAUCAAAUGUAUCAAGAUCCAGUUCUGAUUAUAAAUUCGAAAAAUGAAGAAACUACGUCAUGUGGUAGUUCUAAUUUCAUUCAAAAGUCUUUUUUAUCAGUUUAGACCGUUGAAUAAAAAUCUUGAGCCAUUCUACAUGCGACCAUCGAGUUUGAAGGUGCAACAAGUUAAUUGUAUAAAAUUCAGGAAGCGAUUUCCGCGGGAGUUCCUUUGAUUACCAUUCCACUCUUCGGUGAUCAACCGAAGAAUGCCAUGCUCGCCAAGAAACACGGUAAUUUACUAGAAGUACUAGAAACCUCUAAAACACGGCCGGAAUAAUUUUUUUAAUAUCGGUUAGAAAUCCGAAAAAAAUUUAAUUUUUUUACAAGAUCCGAUUUUUUUGAGAAACUUAGUUUCAAAGUUCAAAAAAAUCCCCAAAUUUUUUUGUUGAAUAGAAAAUUUAACAACUUUCAAGUCUUUCUCAGAAAUUUAGGCAGGUUGAAGCGUUCAAGAUCUUCACCUAAGCCUCCAAAGAAUUUCCUAGUCAAUCAACGGAAAAAAAAAAAUCUAAUUUUCAUCUUCUGAAAAAGAAGCUGAAUCCGAAUAUGAACGAUAUCUUUCCAGGCUUCGCCGUUGAGAUCAAAAAAGGUACCCUCAACAAAGAAAAUAUCGUCAAGGAAAUCAGGGCAGUUCUUACUGACGACAGGUAUCUUUUUUAUCAUAAUUUCGAGAAUCAGAAUAUUUUCAGCUAUUCUCGGAAUGUCAAAAGAUUGUCAGCCAUGACAAGAAGCAAACCGAUUCCCCCAGCGACUUUGUUGGUCCGUUGGACCGAGUUUUUGGCCGAGUUCAAGACCCUCGACAACUUGGUACAUCUUAAUCGGAAUAAAAUAUCGAAUCCAAAAAAUUGCAGAUACCUGCCGGGCAGAAGCUCAACUUCUUCCAGUACCAUUCACUCGACGUCAUGGCCUUUUUAUUGGCCGCAAUUCUUCUAAUUCUUUUCAUUUUGUACAAAAUUGUCAAAUUUGUCGCUUGUUUCGUUAUUCGGAAAGUUAAGAGCUUACUCGGCUAUGGAAAAACUGAAAAAGUCAAGCAACAGUAG